GGUUAAGUUGUCCGAAGUAUGUUCUUUGCUUAAAUUCUCUAUUUCUUGGUGAUUCACAAGGUUAAUUCAAGAAAAUGUCAGUUGAUUUCUUUAUCAUCUUAUUGAAGUUCUUGUUCCGAAUUCAUUUUAUUGUCUUCCAUUUAUGAUUUGUUUGCUCUGCGAGCAAAAAUAUUCGAAUCCUUGUUCGAAGUUCUCCGUUUUUAUUCUGAGAUUACUUUUAUAUUCAGCCGAUAGUUCCCCUUAAACUAAAACCAUGUAUGGUUUUAGUUUAAUGAAACCAUGUAUGGUUUUAGUUUAUUAAAGCAUCAACCACACGUGUUUGAUUUAAACCAAAUUUAAUGGGUAUAGCAGCUUAGUUGAAAUUACGGACUUAAUCUCGCAUCGCUGUAUCAAAAUUUUGACUCUUUAACUACCAGCCACGGCUUUGAUAGUAAAAGAUGUCUAUUUGGUGUUAAAUUUAACUCAAAUAGGAUGCUCAGUUCAAAGUUCCGAACUCACGCCAAACAGAUCUUGUUUUGUUAAUACAGAUGGAUUGGCAUCCCUGUGAGACGAAUGUGGGCAGGGCACGGUCAACUAGUAAACAUUGCCGUGGUACCCACAGCUUGUGAUGAAUUUUCAUAUUAUUUCCACUCUGUAACUAUUUUUCACCGUUACGGUUGCGAUUUGCGAUGGAGCCGUCAGGCUCAUUGCAUUUCCCUGGCGGCCCGAUCAGGACCACGGGUGACGGAAGAGAAAACCCUGACGGAGCAGAAGAUCCGGUCAUCCUGGCCAAAAGACUGAGCUCCAUGUGUGUCGGUAUGAAGCCUCUGCAGCCUCCUCCUGAGGACCUGUCCAAGUUGUCCUUCUUCCCGGUGAAACCCGUCGGCGGAAUCGUCCACCUGAAACCUGCUCGUUUGACCAGAGAACAAAGUGCAAGCAGCUCCUUCAAGAGCAUGCAAGGCAAGGAGCCGAAAUUCGUGCCGUACGAACCCUACAAGUGCGCCGUGCACCCGAUCGUCUGCACACCGUUGAAACGGUCUGAUGGUUGACGAAUUGAGCAAGUGGAAAAUUGAAAUGUGCAACUUUUCUGGCCAACUGAAAGAGAGUCUCAGCUCCGUACUGACUGAAAUGGCCAGUGCAAAAGAAGCGAUGAAAACUACCUGCAAAACCCUCCAGCUUCUGCGGGAGAACUUUGACCCGGCGUCUGGCCUGAAGAUGGGUUCGCCAGGUCGUAAAUCCAGUACCUGUAGCCUGACCGACAUCACCAACACCAACCAGAAGCUGAGCGAGGCCCUCAGCCAUAGACUUCUAGGAUACAUUCCCUGUCAUCCAGCCCAGUGCACCGACUGGCAGGUGCUCCAAAGCUUUUCCAACGCAGAGCUGAUAGCAAUUCAGUUUUUGCAAAUCAGCGGAACUGACAAAUUCAGAAAGGGACCAAAUGAAGCCUGCAGCGCUGUUGUUGGUGCUGCUGCCGCGGCUGGUUGUCAGCUGUUUCCCAACAAGAUCUGCACUCCAACAUCCUGCUGUGGCCAGUGCACUGGCGAAAUUUAUCAGCUGUGAUUUUUCUCCUCUUAUUGUUAAAAAAAUUACAUAUUGAUAUUAGGCAAUACAGAUUUUAUAAAACUGAAUAUUUGUUGCAAUAAAUUAGCAAUGAAAAUAUA